AUGGUCAACCACACAACAGUGACCACAUUCCUGCUGUGGGGAUUUUCCAGUUUCCCAAAACUGCAGAAUCUACUCUUUGCUGUGAUUUUCCUCUUCCAUGUGACCAUCCUACUAGCAAAUGUGUCCAUCAUGGUGGCCAUCAAGCUCAGUCACAGCCUUCACACCCCCAUGUAUAUCUUCCUCUUUGCUCUGUCCCUUUCAGAAACCUGCACCACUAUGGUAAUCAUCCCCCGCAUGUUAGUGGACUUGCUGUCAGAGAGCAAGACCAUCUCUCUCCCUGAAUGCGCCACACAGAUGCUUUUCUUCUUUGGUUUGGCAGCCAACAACUGUUUCAUCAUGGCUGCCAUGUCUUAUGACCGUUACACCGCCAUCCACAACCCACUGCAGUAUCACACCCUCAUGACGCAGAGGAUUUGUUUCCAGCUCAUUAUGGGUGCUUUUGUGAUUGGAUUCCUGUGUUCCCUGGGCAUUACCAUCACCAUAUUCAAUUUGUCUUUCUGUGAUUCCAACAUAAUCCAACAUUUCUUCUGUGACAUUUCACCUGUGGUUUACCUUGCCUGUGAUUUCACUUCUCGUCAUGCAAUGCUUAUUUUUCUGCUCUCUGCAUUUGUCCUUGUGGGAAGUUUUGUUUUAAUUAUGGUUUCCUACGUCUUCAUAGCAUCCCUCGUUGCAGAGAUGCCUUCUGCACAGGGGAGAUAUAAGGCCUUUUCAACUUGUUCCUCCCACCUCACGGUUGUGUCUAUACACUAUGGAUUUGCCUGCUUUGUCUACUUGAGACCAAAGAGCAGCGACUCUUUCCGUGAAGACAUGCUGAUGGCUGUAACAUAUACAGUACUGACACCUCUGCUUAACCCCAUUGUUUAUAGCCUGAGAAACAAGGAAAUGCAGACAGCUCUGAGGAAAGUACUAGACGGUAUAAUUAAAAUUUUGCCUUGGUUAACAAAUAAAAAAACUCUGAACCUGUAA